AUGUCUAACAACAUUGACCAACUCGCAGAAGACUGUGGCAAAGAGUUUGAACGCCUAGAAGAACAAUUCAGAUACCUAACUACCGCUGAUACUACUGAAUAUGAUGAAUAUGUCAGAGUCAAGAACUUGCAGAGUCAAUUCACUCGAUGGAAGAGAAAUUCCGGAGCAGAUUCACUUGAGCAACAAUUACAUAAUAAUAAACGUGUCAAGCUCCAAGUUAUCCGGCUUCUGAGCCAUAUCAGGAGAUUACUGGAAGAUGCCCAUGCAAUCACAGUCGGGGAUCAAAUACCUUGGGAUCAGGUUGACGACGAAGAGGAUUCACAAUCAGAUGAUGAGACGGCAUCACUAGGAAAAUCUCCAGAGACAGAGAUGGAGCAGAUUAUGGCCCAUGUGGCUGAUGCUAUUGACAAUCUCUCGUAUCUUGGUACAGCAUUGAGAGAACCAUUGGCUGAUAUCAGAACCACGGAUGAGACACCCCCAUCUGAGCCCUUUGAUGUUCAGCACGUUCUCUGGAAGUACCCCGGGGUGGACGAGGUAAUAGCAAAGCGUCUUGGGAAGGCCAUCUCAGCCAGGCGAAAGCUAUUUCAGGAUCAGGAAUCGACGGAGCAGAGCACUCACAACUCAAAAGGCCCACUAGCAGAUGAGCCAACACUGGAGGCUCUCACCAGUCAGCUUGAUCUAGAAGACUUGACCUACCAGGGAAGCGAGCAGAAGGGAAUCUUGGAUGAGGAUUCUUCUGAAACAUCAUCCAUAGCCCCUGAAGAAUUGGGAGCCCACCAAAUUCCUCCCUUGCCCCAGAGAGCCACGGAUGGGAGACCAUUCCGAUGCCCUUUAUGUCGGCAGAUGGUAAGAGCAUCUUCAACGAAAGAUUGGAAAACACAUGUUUACAGUGAUCUGCGACCAUACAUCUGCCUGGAAGCCAACUGUUCCAAACCUCAACAUCAAUAUGCUCGCCAAAGGGAUUGGAUAAUCCACGUGCUCGAUGAACAUUGGAGAAUCUAUGCUUGUCCUUUCGGAUGUAACCUGAGAUUCACUUCAAGAAAUGGAUGCAGAGAGCAUCUAUGUCGAAAGCACAUUGAUCAAAAGCAUAUUUCUGAGAUCGAGGAUUUAGUACAGCUCAGUACCGUGGACAAAACAGAGGUUCCUGUUAAGACAACAUGUCCUCUGUGUAAGAAGCCUUUACAGGACAUAGAAACAUAUCAAAGCCAUGUUGGCAGGCAUCAAAGAGCGUUGGCCCUCUUUGCAAUACCACAGAAUACGGUAGAAGGAGGAAUCGAACGAAGUAUAUACGAAGGAGGACAACCAUCCACUCAAGACACAGCCCUCGAAACAAGCGACAUUGCGGUGCAAGAGCAGGCUGAGAAGGAGGAGCUUCCAGAGCUGGGCGGACAAUCUGAUACCUCUGAAGACUCGCUCGACAAUCGCUCACUAGACAUAAGCAGUUAUGCAGGAGGAAAGAAUACUUAUGAAUCGGACUUGUCCCGACUGUGGGCAUCAGCGGUGCGAUGA